UGGAAGAAUACGUCAUUCGUAGGAGAGGUUGUGUUGAUAGUGGUUCCUCUCUCAGCCGUAUAUGGUGGAGAACGGGCUAGGUAAUUGUCAGUUUUGUUGCUGAGGCCUUCACACUGCUCCUUAAUGUCGAAGCACAAGCUCUUCUUGCUGCGGCACGGUGAGGGGGCAUGGAACAAAGAGAACCGCUUCUGCAGCUGGGUAGACCAGAAGCUGAGUGAGAAUGGUGUUGUGGAGGCUCAGGAGUGUGGCCGGUUGCUGAAGGAGCACGGCUACAAGUUUGAUCAUGUUUUCACUUCGAUUCUCAGCCGCUCCGUUCAGACGGCCUGGCUUGUGCUGGAGGCCAUGGGCCAGGAGUGGGUCCCUGUCACCAAGUCAUGGAGGCUGAACGAGCGUCAUUAUGGGGCUCUGAUUGGCCUGAACCGGGCCGAGAUGGCCCAGAAGCACGGCGAGGAGAAGGUUAAGCUGUGGAGGCGGAGUUAUGACAUCACUCCGCCCCCCAUUGAUGAAUCACAUCCUUAUUUUGCAGAAAUCUACAAUGACCGCAGGUAUAACACAUGUGAUGUGCCCAAAGAGAAGCUGCCCAAAACUGAGAGCCUGAAGGAAGUGCUAGAAAGACUCUUGCCUUAUUGGAAUGACGUAAUUGUUCCUGAAAUCAAGAGUGGCCAAACAGUCCUUAUUUCAGCUCAUGGAAACAGCUGCAGAGCUUUGCUGAAACAUCUAGAAGGAAUAUCUGAUACCGAAAUAGUCAGUGUCACUCUUCCCACCGGGAUACCAGUUCUGCUGGAGUUGGAUGAAGAUCUUCGGCCUGUCAAACCUCGAGAGCUCCUGGGUGACCAAGCCAAAAUUCAGGCAGCUAUCAAAAAGGUGGAAGAUCAAGGAAAAGCUAAUUCAGUGAACUAAAUACUGGUUUUAUUAGGAGUGAUUUGCUCUUGACGAGUCUGUUUAUUGAUUAUAAGGUUGACAGAGGUGGCACUUGUAGGAGGUAUCUUGUUCAUGAUGCACUGAAAACAGUAUGUAGUUACACUGUGCACAUUUUGUGGUCAAACUGGCAUAGUUACUGGUAUAAAAAUGAGUUCAGAAUCUGGCAGAAAUUAAAAAUAGGCUUACACAGACUUGUCCUGCUUGGACAGGGUGACAGCCACUGAUUACUGAAAGGAUAGGCAUAUAUUUUUGUAUUGGUAAAAGGCCUCGGCGUAUGAGAAUUACUUUAGGCUGAUAUAUAGCUGUAAUAAUUGCUCUGUAGUGAAGUAUGCUUGCAGCUUUAUUAUUAUUUGCUAAAUUUGUCUUUGAAUAUAGAAGACCAGUGGUACCUUUGUCUUAAAAGGGAGCAUCUAUUAGUUUUAACAAAAUGAUGUUUUAGUAGAAGGCAUUACCAGCUGCUUCAAUAUAUUUGCAGGAUUUUAACAGUUUAUGCACUUAAAAACAAAAUGUACCUCAACAUGACUACCAGCGGGGACAGUCUAUUCCUAACAUGACUUCACCAGUGAGCCUAUUCUCAUAUAUCGACCUGUACUCAUAGGCCUAGAGUUAUUUUGGAUGGAAACAUACUCUGCUGCCAUAUUUUGAUCGAGUAAGACAAAGAAGCGUUCAGAUUUGCUUGUUUUUUUUUUUUAGUUAGGUAAGCUCUGUGCUGUGAACGUCACUUCAUCCUAAGUAUUAGGUUUGUUUUUGCACCUUAAAUAUUAGCUAGCAUUUGAAAAAUUACACAUCGUUACACACCUAGUAACUUAUUUAUUUAUUUUUUCAAUACAAAAUUCUUGUGAUAAGUCUCAUUUCUGCUAAAUGGACUUUUGUGGUGUGUUAGAAACUCUGAUGAAUGAUGUACUUUAAAAGUCCAAUGGCAUGAAGUUGGUGGGUCAGAAGCCCAGCGCUCAUAUGUGAUUCAGCCUGUAAGCAAACAGUACACACAGUGCUGUGCAAGAGACCACCUGUUUAUUGAAUUUCCAGUCAAAACAGCCAUUAAGUACAAGUUACAAAGCAGCCUCAACAGCUGAUGUGGGGUCCAAAAGUCUGAGACCACUGGUGAAAAAGCUUAUAAAUUACACUAUCAUCUUAACAAUAUGAGUGUUAAGUAGAAUUUUUGAGUGUUUACAUCAGGGGUGUCCAGCCUUAUCCGCAGAGACCCACCGUGGCUGCAGGUUUUCACUCCAACAAAGCAGGAGGUCACCUGAUGAAAUGUUUGAAGACUGAGACCAACUGAUUAAACAAGUGGAGUCAGGUGUGCUUCAGCUUGUUUAGAGUGAAAACCUGCAGCCACACUGGCUCUUUGCAGACAAGAUUGGACACCCCUGGUUUACAUGAAUCUCAUGCAAUGAAUGAGUUUUUUAGUAUUUGGUAUGUCCUACUUUUGCUUUAAUGACAGCCUGUGCUUGAGCUGGCAGGGACUCCUCAAGUUUGUGCAGAAGUCUUUGAUGAGUGGAUCAAAUGCACCUGAGAAUCGUCUGAACACGAGCUUCAAUGGAAUAAAGUUAAAAGGAAUGUCUAUCCUUUUUACAAAGGUCUUAACAUGGUCAAUUUCACAUGAUUGCUUCAGUUUGAAUAGUGAUCUAUAAGUAGUGCAGAAUCCUGAAUAUUACUUCCUCAUUUUAAUUGUUACACCUUAUCUUAGUUUUACAUUUUUCAGUCUUCGGAAACUUCUGUUGUUUAUUUGCAGAUUUAAAUGAAAAAAUACCAGAUUUUCAAUGUGGUCUCAGUUCUUUGGACUUGAUGUUUUCUGCUUUUUUUUCCUGAUGCUGAAAAAUGAAUAACUUGUACGUAAUGGCCUGGUUUUCAUGCAUGAUUUUUACUGGAUGGAUCAGGGUUUUUAAGUCUGAAAGGCUUCUGUGUUCACUGUGUCCUGUGUUUGUAUUUUGCCACUGUGCGUUUGAUACUGUACUGUAUUUAUUGUGAAUUUUAGUCUGUGUCCAUGCUUGUAUUUGUACUUCAUUAUAUGUUAUGUUAUGUUAUGUUAUGUUAUAGAACCGCUGCUGUUAUUUAUGACUUAUUUAAUGGUAAUGUGCAAAGGUCAUCUUUAUUGCUGCAGCGUAAACAUUUGUUUGGUGAUGCAGUUUAAUUUAAUGCUAUAAUGAGUUAUGGUUGUAAGCUCAUGUGCUUCCGCAGGGUCUAAACAAGGGUCUCGGCUUGUUUAAAAAGGAGAGGAUUCCCUUCAAUCUGCUCUUUUUCAUUUCUGGACUGUAAAACGCAGAUAUAAAGUGCAAUAAAACUACUGGCUCUAGUUGUA